GUAAUGUUAUUUCCAUGCAGGUCCAGCUCCGUGUCCGGGUUUACAGUCAGAAACAGUGCGCAGCUAUUGGCAGUGAUUUGUUGAAUUAAUGUGGCGGUUAGGCCAAUCUAAGAGUGUCUUCAGCAGAGAGAAAGGGGAACUGACGUGUUUCUCCAGCACCGGGAUUCGUCGUGUCGAUUUGUUUGUUUAUUUCGCUCUGCGGCGCGUGCCGUGUGCUGCUGACGCCGCGCGCGCUUCCCAGUGACAAAAAGCCGCUCUGCAGUUUGACCAAUCAAAGCGCUUAUCAGACUUUAUCGCUGUGGCGAACAAGUUGCACAGUUUCAUGCCUGUCACAUUUUUGUCAGUUCGUCAAAAGAAGAGAUGGUACCGGGUUCAGAGCGCCCCUCCUGCGGUCCCGAGGUCUCUCUUGUGGAAUCCCCGCUGGACCUUUAAAAGUCAACAUGCCGUAUAACGCCAGGGUCCUGCUUCUUCUUCUUCUGUCUUUGAUUCUAAUGGCAGAGUCCCGGAGGCUGGGAAGCAGGAGAAAGCGAUGGUCCGAGCCGGGAGAGACUCUCAAGCCAGGAAAGGCCCUGGGGGAAACACCUGAUGCUGUGGUUCUUGUUGGGAAGGCAGGCUUGGAGGCUGCCAUGGUGAACGGUCCUCUGUCAAGGAAGAUCAUUGAUGGCACCAAAACACGGAAGCUGAAAACCAGCCACCUUCUGCGUGUGGAUGAACAUGACUUCACCAUGAGGCCAGCAUUCGCAGGUCCAGCUGUCCCAGUUGGAGUGGAUGUUCAGGUGGAGAGUUUGGACAGCAUAUCGGAAGUUGACAUGGACUUCACCAUGACUCUGUAUCUAAGGCACUACUGGAAGGACGAAAGGUUGGCUUUUCCAAGCGCCACAAAUAAGAGCAUGACAUUUGAUGGGCGCCUAGUGAAAAAAAUCUGGGUCCCUGAUGUGUUCUUCGUCCAUUCUAAGAGGUCCUUCAUCCAUGACACCACCACCGACAACAUCAUGCUGAGGGUCUUUCCAGAUGGCCAUGUUCUGUAUAGCCUGAGGGUAACAGUUACUGCUGCUUGCAAUAUGGAUUUCAGUCGUUUCCCUCUGGAUUCACAAACAUGCACUCUGGAGCUGGAGAGCUACGCUUACACUGAUGAAGACCUGAUGCUUUACUGGAAAAGUGGGGAUGAGUCCCUGAGCACAGAUGACAGGAUCUCUUUAUCUCAGUUUCUCAUCCAGAAGUUUCACACCACCUCCAGACUGGCUUUCUACAGCAGCACAGGCUGGUACAACCGGCUGUACAUCAACUUCACCCUACGGCGGCACAUCUUCUUCUUCCUGCUGCAGACGUACUUUCCUGCCACUCUGAUGGUCAUGCUGUCCUGGGUGUCCUUCUGGAUCGACCGUAGGGCUGUUCCUGCCAGAGUCUCUUUAGGUAUAACUACGGUGCUCACUAUGUCUACCAUUAUUACUGGAGUCAACGCCUCCAUGCCAAGGGUCUCUUACAUCAAAGCUGUCGACAUUUACCUCUGGGUCAGUUUUGUUUUUGUAUUCCUCUCUGUGCUUGAAUAUGCAGCGGUCAACUAUCUGACCACAGUGAGGGAUGGUAAAGACCGGAAGCUAAGAGAAAAACUAAAGGAACAGUCCCAAACGUUGCCCUGCACCUGUGGCAUGCCUCACACCAAGACCAUGAUGCUGGACGGAAUGUACAGCGAGGCUGAUGCAAACAGUCUGGCAGGGUACACCAGAGCCUCUAUGGCAGCUGAGGAUCCGUCCGACAAACAGGAGCAGAUGGUGGUCCAUCUCACAUUGGACAAUGAGUCCACAGAGACUAAGAAGAAGGGCAUUCGCAGCUUCCGCAUAAUCCAGAACACCCACACCAUUGACACUUACUCCCGCAUGAUCUUCCCAGGUGCUUACAUCCUAUUCAACCUGAUCUACUGGUGUGUGUACUGCUGAGUGUGUGCAUUUUAAAUAAAGCUCCAAAAAAGGAAAAUGUUUUCUUCAGUUUGGAAAGCUGUCCCUCAUCUCUGGGUGCUGGGGGAAGACCUACUUGUAGCUCACAUGCUGCUGUUACUCUGGAUGACACCUAGAGAUGCGAGAGCUUCUCCUUGCGUACAGCCCUGGCUCCAGAGGGAUUUAGCAGGACAUUGUCUUAUUUUGGGGGAGAGGAGAAGAAACAAGUUUUUACUUCAAUAGAAAUACAUAAACAAACCUUUAUGUAACCUUUCAAGUAAAAAAAAAAAAAACCUUAUUUAUUACUGCAAAAUAAACAACUACUCAUAUACUGUAGCUACCCUUUUUCCCACAAAGUGAUUCAAGUGAAUGUAACCAGUACUACCCACUUUUGAACAUAGAUAACAACAAAAUCAAUAACAUGUUCUUAUUAACAAGCUUAAUGUGCUAUAUUGCCAUUGAGUACUUAACAUUGCCUGCAUCCAACAGCAUUUUUCAAUUCACUCGGUUAGUUACAAAUUCUUUGCCUUUGCUGGUUUGCUGCCAUGAUUCUAUUUUUUUUUAUUUUGCUGCACAGGAGCAGCAGGGCUCCGUCACGUCACUGCCACACAGGUGUUAAAACCGGCGCGAGCAUCUCAAGACUCAUGUUGCAACAAGUUAUGACAUGUUGGCAAAGGAUUAAACCGGCUAAAAACAGGACGACAGGCACAAAUAUGGGAAGUGUGGGACUUUCUACUGUGUCAAAUCGAGAUAUGAAUGCGACUGGCUCUGUGGUUGAGCAAUGCCCCCUAAUGCCACCCCAUGCCAUUGGGUCUAGAGCUGUCAAGGUGAUCUCCAGCUACAGGUACCAGGGUGUGCAUAUAUCCAGUGACCUCACCUGGAGUGGUAACACCUCCCCACUGGUCAGGAAGGCCCACCAGUGUCUCUACUUCCUCAGGAAGCUGUGGAAAGCUAGACUUGGGUGUUCAGUCCUGAGGAGUUUCUAUCGCUGUGCGGUGGAGAGCAUUCUCUGCAUCUGCAUCACAAUGUGGCACAGCAACUGCACUGAUGCUGACAGAACCAGUCGCCCCCAUUAUUAAUGUUAAAUUGAUUAACAUUAAUAAUCAUAACAAGAGGACGAGUAGUUAAAUAUGUUAAGAUAAAUAUUUGACUUACCACUCUUCUGUCGCUGCCAGAAAUCAAUCUGAGGUCUAAAUUGUACUUCAACAUGGCUACAGUGCUGUUGGAAUGGGUUAAUGUGAUUGACUUAUCCAUCAAUUACCCCAAUGUUUGGUCCAUUCAUAUGAUUGACUGAAACAAGGUAGUUAUACAAUUGGUUGCUGUCUGAUCAUUCCUUGUUUAAAAAAAAUACAUUUGUGGAUGGAGCCAUGUUAGGGGAGUUUCAAAAUUCACACAUACAUUCAGCGAAGCCCACAGGCCAGAAGCAGCUUGUAAUUCAAUAUAUAUUUAU